CCUGAAUUGACAGCCGGGACACAUACUGUAUAAUAUACUAUAUAAUAUAGUUACAUAGCAGAGCAGAUAUGUAUUUGUAAGGACCAUGGCGCACUACUGGAUUUUGAUUUUCUCGUUCGGCGUCGCUAGUCCCCAAUACAUCAACACUGAAGCUGGCGACAUUCCUUCAGAACCUCUCCCUUACUACCUCGGCCUUCCCUACAGGACUGACUACGAACUCGCCUACCAGAACGACCCUUACUGCGACCAUGACAAAAACGAGCGCACGAGACGAACCGUAGAGGCAACUGAUAAAGAAAAACGCUGGUCUGUUAAUGCGGUCGAAGAAAAAAAAGAGGAAACUCCCGAAGCAUUCACAGACGAUAAUUCCACCGAAAUCCUCAACGCCAUGGAGAAGAGAAGCUUUAGCCCGUGGGGUGGAAAACGAUCAGACCUAGAACGGAUGUGGUCUUGGAAACGUUCGCCGAAUAUUCGAGAGCCCAGCAUGCCUAAGCGAGUACGCUUCAGUCCUUGGGGCGGCAAACGAAGUGGUCAAAUGAUCUUUAAGCCGGAGACGCGAAACAAUAGAAUUAUCUCCGCUGCUAUUCCGGAGCUAACGAAGAUAAUUUCAAACUACCCACCGGGAGACAGCCUAAGCGUAGCCGGCAUGCAUUUCACGCAAGACAAGAGGCAAUCCAUCAAGGUGUUACCUUUAAACAGCCAAAUGGACGAGACUAAUUACCGGGAAGUGCCUUUUAAAACUUUCCUGGAAUCCCUACCCAAGUUAUUCAAACCGGGGCAGACUUACUCCAACCUGAAGAAGGAUGGCAAGAGGAAGCUGAAGUUUAGCGCGUGGGGAGGGAAGCGAGCUCCGCCCAUUAUUGGACCGAUCUGGUCUCCUACGUCGCCAGAUGCGAAGGACGCGGCUUUGGACACGAUAGUCCUGCUACGAGACCCUCAGAAGACAUAAAUGCCCACAACCUAGGUAUCCGGUAUGAUAGUCCAAUCUUUAACAAAAUGGCUGGAUUUGUUAAAGACCACCAAUGCAAUUAGUUUAAUUUGUAAUUUCUAACUCCUUCAAGGAAGUUUCCAAUAACCCUGUCCACUAUAAUAACUGUCCGAAGCGAAGCUUUAUAGAUUAUAUUAAAGCAAGGGUGGCCAACACGCGGCCC